ACAGAGCGCACAUGGCAACGUUUCCAAUCGCUUGUCCUCCCUGCUCCCUAACUCGAUGUUAGGAGCAGAACCGGAGGUAAAUGGAGCUCUUACGAGAGCAAGCCUACUACUAGAGUAGGACGUCGGCGUUGCAGGUGGCACGUCCCUGAGGUCCAGAGCAGAUGUCGCUCGCGGCUCGCGUCAGCAAGUCCCUCUUGUAACCAAUGCAAUCUCCCGUCCGCUCCUCUUCACGUACCGCUCUCCCGUGUCGUCCCCCCAGCCUCUUUUCUCUUCCCCAGUCAGGCAGUUCCCCACUCAUCCACUGCCAUAUUGUGCAAAUGUGAGCAUGUAUAUCCCUACGGCCGAUGGACGAGAGCACAGGGAACAGCGGCUCUUCGACACGGGAUGGUGCGAUCGGCUGCAACCCACGGCUGGAACCGGUCCCGAGCAUUCCUGCAGCCAAUUUGAUAGGUCAUGGGAUACAUAUAAAUCUUUGCUGCACGACACGAUAUACGCAACGCGCUGCUUAGCAAUUGCAGAGUCUCCGAAGCUGCAGUCAAACCAUAUUCUACGUUCCACUAGCCAAGCCUUGUCUGUUAAGACCCUCAAAUGCAAAUGACGCAGGCAUAGCAGUUUCUGGUCUACACUGAACUGUUUCCCGACGAUCGAACUUCAAGUCGUUGCCCACAGGGCACAGCUGCAAUGUCAGACUUAACAUCGUUACAUAGUCAAGCAAAACGGCUUAUCUUACUGCUUCGGGAGGGCCUAGAGCGGCUGGAAGCGCUUGAGGGGGCGACCCGCCAUCAGCCGGGCACGGACACCACGUCGGCCCUAGCUCGCGACCUCAGAUCCCAGCUUCAACAGCUCGCGCGCAUCAGCACGGAAAUGGACUCCAUAUGGCGGAUGCAAGUAAUACGGGAAAAUGCCUCCAAGCGCGACGUGUGGAAACGCAAGGUGGAGCAGGUCAGCGAGGAGCUAGACACGCUGCGGGUGGCGAUGGACCGGCACGGCAGCCGCGAGAGCAAGCGCGCGGCGGAGGCGCGCGACCGCGAGGAGUUGCUGGGGCGGGCGGACGCGGGGCGGCGGGCCAAGCAGGAGAUGGACGAGGAGGCCCAGGUGAUGGGCAGCGUGGCUCGCAGCAAGCGCUACCUGGAGGAGAUGUUUGAGAGCGGCACCAACAUCCUGGUCAACAUGGCCGGCAACAGGGAGAGGCUCAAGAGCGCCCAGAAGCGGGCGCUGGACGUGUUGAACACGGUGGGUCUGGGCGAGUCGCUGCUACGCCUCAUCGAGCGGCGGCAGCGCAUGGACAUGUGGACGGCCUACGGCGGCAUGAUUGUGAUCACGCUGGUGGUAUGCCUGUGCGUCUGGUGGUUCUGGUUCUGAGCGCACACGGCAGGACGCGGGCGUAGCAGCGGUCGACAGCAGGGUUGCAAGUGUGUGGAGGCCGCACUGCACACUCCAAUGGACUGCUGGUCGGAGUUUUCUUAUGUUUUCGGGGCGGCAUUUCAAGAUAGGAUUGUCGUACGCAAACUCAAUUCUCGGAGCGUUUGUGUUUUGUCAUGCGCCACAUUCUGGCUACCCACGGGACUAAUGCACGGAGUUGUUGAGUGCAGACGACUAAAACCAGGUGGAAGCGCGCGUGCACGCGCGAGCGCAAGAGAGCUCUGUUUGUGGAGCGUGCGUGCACGAAGCACGCGGGUGUGCAUCUGCAUGCGCGUGCAUCGGGCCGGCACCGGAAACAUGGCGGGAGGUGGGAUCGCAGCUGCGGCAGCGUCGGCGGUGUGCGCAAGGGCCUGGCGCCUGCGCCUCACAGAAGGGGCACGCCUUGCCGCUGCGUCCUCGCAAAGCGGCAAAGUAGGUGUGCACGCGUGUGUGUGCGGCACACGUGCCGUACGGAGGGGCGCUGUUGAAGCGCUGGGCAGCUGGGUGCGGCGAGCGGUGGUUGGCACGGCAGGGCACGGCUCUUGGUGCGGCAGGUUCAGGUGGAAGCUGCGUGUAGCUGCUGGAGUGCGGUAUCGCGGGCCUGCCAGCGCAGGCACGCGCUGGGAUGCCGUGACCUGUGACAUGGAGCCGCGGACUAGGGAAGUGGCCGCGCGGCAGGCAAGCGACUCGGCGCUCGGUGGGUGCGCUGGGGGAGGGGCGGCGGUGGCGAGGCUGGGGCGGGGCAGGGAAGCAGGACGGUUCGCGCGUGUUGAACCUUUUGGGAAGCACCGGCGUGACUGCCGGAGCAUGCCGAACACCCCGUGUGUAAUGAAAACACCUG